UAUUGGAUGCAAUUUUCCCUUCGCUCCAGUAAAGCAGUUUUGGCUAAACAGACUGCAUUUCUUGCUCUCUCCAAUGCAGCACUCGCAAGAAAAGCUCGAUAAGAGGUUUCUCCUCUAAAUUCCAUGUCUCUCUUGCUCUCUUGAAUUGCCUCCACACCCACACAUGGCCUUCUCUUCUUCUUCAUGUCUCAAAUGCCAUCCUUGGUGUCAUCCUCACUCUCCUCUCUCUUCUCCUCACAAACCCACUUCCAUUUCCAUCAUCUCUUUUGCUUCCACACAUCACCACCAUGACCCAAUAACGUCACAAUCGCUCCCUGCAAAUUUCUCGGCUGCUCAGCUCCUGGACAACCUCCGUCGCCAGCGCGACGAAUCCUCUGCGCUUCGCUUAUUCAAUUGGGCUUCAAAGCAGCCAAAUUUUGCACCCAGUUUAUUGGUUUACGAGGAAAUUCUUCGUAAACUUGGACAUGUGGGUUCAUUUGCUUCAAUGAGAGACAUCUUGCAAGAGAUGAAGAUUGCGGGUUGCGUGCCCAAUAGAGGUACUUUCUUGAUUUUUAUCGAAACUUAUGGGAAGUUCGAUUUGUAUGAUGAAGUUAUUGGUGUUAUUGAAUUGAUGGAGACAGAGUUUGAUCUAAAACCUGAUACCCAUUUUUAUAAUUAUUUGUUAAAUGUUCUUGUUGAUGGGGAUAAGCUGAAAUUAGUUGAAGCUGCAAACUCAGAUAUGGUUAGCAAAGGAAUUAAGCCUGAUUGUUCGACGUUUAACAUAUUGAUUAAGGCUUUGUGUAAAGCCCAUCAAAUUAGACCAGCAAUAUUGCUGAUGGAAGAGAUGCCAAGUUAUGGUUUUUUACCUGAUGAGAAUACAUAUACCACAAUCAUGCAGGGGUACAUAGAGGAAGGGAAUUUGAAAGGUGCAUUGAGAGUUAGAGAGCAAAUGGUGGAAGCUGGGUGUCCCGUGACAUUGGUCACGGUUAAUGUCCUGGUUCAUGGGUUUUGCAAAGAGGGCAGGAUUGAGGAGGCGCUGAGUUUUAUAGAGAAGAUGACGAAUGAGGGAUUUUUCCCAGAUAAGUUAACAUUUAACACAUUGGUGAAUGGUUUAUGCAAGGCAGAACAUGUUAAGCAUGCUUUGGAGGUCAUGGAUGUCAUGCUUCAGGAGGGAUUUGAUCCAGAUGUAUAUACAUAUAACUCUUUGAUUUCUGGCUUGUGUAAAUUGGGUGAAGUUGAAGAGGCCGUGGAAAUUCUUAACCAAAUGGUUUCGAGGGAUUGUUCCCCCAAUACUGUUACUUACAACACUAUAAUUAGCAAAUUGUGUAAGGAAAACCAAGUUGAAGAGGCCACUGAGCUUGCUCGCGUUCUUACAAGCAACGGGAUUCUACCAGAUGCUUGUACUUUUAAUUCUCUGAUUCAGGGUUUGUGCUUGACCAGUAAUCAUGCUGCUGCAAUGGAACUAUUUCAGGAAAUGAAGAAUAAAGGGUGCAAACCUGAUGAAUUCACGUACAAUAUGUUGAUUGACAGCUUCUGUAUUAAAGGUAAACUAGAUGAAGCUCUAAGACUGCUGAAAGAAAUGGAAACCAGUGGUUGUGCGCGGAAUGUUAUAACCUAUAAUACUUUGAUUAAUGGUCUCUGCAAAAACAAGAAGAUUGUAGAAGCAGAGGAGAUUUUUGAUCAGAUGGAAAUUCAGGGGGUUUCAAGAAAUGCAGUGACCUACAACAGCCUUAUUGAUGGCCUCUGUAAGAGCCGGAAGGUUGAGGAGGCUGCCCAACUUAUGGACCAGAUGAUAAUGGAAGGAUUAAAGCCUGAUAAAUUUACCUACAAUUCCCUGCUUACAUACUUCUGCCGUGCAGGGGAUAUCACAAAGGCAGCAGAUAUUGUACAAACCAUGACCUCAAACGGUUGUGAACCUGACACAGUUACAUAUGGGACCCUUAUCGGAGGGCUGUGUAGGGCAGGUAGAAUAGAUGUAGCAAGUAGGCUCCUCAGGUCCAUUCAGAUGAAAGGAAUGGUCCUGACUCCUCACACCUAUAAUCCUGUAAUUCAAGCGUUAUUUAGACGAAAGAGAACAAAAGAAGCUAUGAGGCUGUAUAGAGAAAUGAUGGAAAAAGGUGAUCCUCCAGAUGCUGUCACGUAUAAGAUUAUUUUCCGUGGUCUUUGUAAUGGUGGAGGACCAAUUGGGGAAGCUGUUGAUUUUAUGAUUGAGAUGACAGAGAAAGGAUUUCUACCCGAAUUCUCAUCAUUCUAUAUGCUCGCUGAAGGGUUGUGUGCCUUGUCUAUGGAGGAAACCUUAGUUAAGCUUGUUGAAAUGGUGACGAAGGCGGAAAAUUUAUCUGAUGAAGAAGUUUCCAUGAUAAGGGGUUUUCUCAAAAUUCGCAAAUACCAAGAUGCCUUGGCCACUCUUGGAGGCAUCUUGGAUAGGCAAAAGCAAAAUAAAUAUUACCGAUGAAUUCAAUGCUGCUGCAGUUAAAUGGUGAAAGAGAGUUUUUUGUUGCUGCUUGUAUGAAAGCUCAAACCUGAAAUGGUUUCAAUACUACCUUUGGUUUAAUUAGGCUAUGCAGCAUUAACAUAUGGAGGUAAUGCAUAGGAGAGGAUGAUUUAUUGCAUAACACAAUCUCUGAAGAGGAUUUUUCAGCUUGCUUGUUCUAUCCUGAUAGUGUCCAAAAUGCCAUGGAUCUCAUAAUGGAAUGAUGUUAUCAUGUAUUCAUGUGCCAGUGAGGUGAUAGUGCCUUUUAUCUUCGUCUUUUCUUUUUCAAGAACAUACAGCUGAGAUUCUGUCUCUUAUGUCUGUUCAAGAUGCAAUCUCACUUUGUCAACUGGUUGAAUUCUCUUAAGAAUCUGUUUCCAAUUUGUUUGUUGAAGGUUGUUUCAUCUGAUGAAUGCUUCAAAAUCAAUGGACUUGUAGCCAUUUCAUCCUA